GAUUCCUCACCAAAGGACCUUCCUUCCCCCUAGACCGUCAUCACCAAAGGACCUGUUUCUUCCAAUACUCCAAGUCCCCGAGACUUUCUUUAGCCAGCGCAAAUGAUUGGCACAAGUCUGCCUGAAUAUGUCUUUAUACUCACCAGCAUAGGGCUUCUUCGUCUGGUGGCACCAAUUAGCUUUCUGUACGUUGCAUACCUCGUGGUUGCUCAACCAGCUACCAGAUGGCAAACUUCAUUGGGAGGGUACGCUUUCUUGGAGAUAUUGUUUUAUAUAUUGGUCUACCUGCCUAGACGGCGGUUGUUACAGAAGCCUGCAGUGCAUCCCACCAUUUACACCCGCGAAUAUCGGCGGAUUCUAUUUGAACGAUGUUCGAGCUAUUUGGCAACUUCGGAUUACCUCUCCGGAUGGUUUUUCUCGUCAGAGUUUAAGCGGGACAAUGUUGUAGACUGGCUCCUCUGGGCUUUGUUCUCUGCAACAAGAGACACCUGUCUAGUGGAAUGGGAGGAAGAACUAGAGGAAUAUCUCUCAAUGGUAGAAGCUAUCAUUGAUCGAAAGUUAGCCCCUGGAUAUAACAAUGGGGCUCGAUGCAUGCGACCCACCAUCGACGGUGUGUCGAUGCUGCACCGUCCAUUAAUCUGGUAUUUGGUCGUGGGUUUGGUGGAUGUUCUUUCAUCAUUCAGGCUUUGGUACCUGGGAUUCCACCACUAUGCUGACGGCGACUGGAUGGCGUCAUUUCCAAUGCGCCCAUGUUGUGUCAUCUCGCGAAGAUCGUCGGUAGUCAACCUGCCAUACUGGUAUCAUCCUCAUCGAUCAAGUACGAAGCUGCCUGUCCUCUUUAUACACGGCAUUGGAAUAGGCUUAUACCCAUAUGCGCCUUUAUUCAAGGAGCUCAUCGCUCUGCAUCCAGAUGUUGGAAUCUUGGCAAUUGAAAUCCUUUCCAUCAGCAUGCAUAUCACCUCCCCUCCACUCUCAAGCACAGCCACCUGCACCGCCAUAUCCCAGAUUCUGGAUGAACUCGGACUCGAUCGUGUCGUAGUUUUGUCUCACUCUUAUGGGACAGUCAUCACUGCGCAGAUGCUCCACUCCCAUUUGUCUCAUCGCGUUGCAGCAAUACUUUUCGUUGACCCGAUACCAUUUCUUCUUCAUCUUCCUGAUGUCGCUCAUAAUUUUGUCUACCGACAAGCUCGUUCUGCUAACGAGUUACAACUCUGGUAUUUCGCGUCCAGGGACCCGGAUAUCUCGCGGACCUUGUCGCGGCACUUCUUUUGGUCUGAAAACGUACUGUGGAAAGAAGAGCUAGUGGGAAGACCGGUCGCUGUAUGGCUGAGCGGAAAAGAUCAAAUCGUGAACUCGGAGCAAGUCAGAAAAUACCUGACAGAGGAACCAACCCCUUCGGAAUAUUGGGCCACGGAUAGAUUAGAAGUGCUCUUCGAUCCUGACUUGGAUCACGCUACCGUCUUCGAUACGAAGGAUCGACGCAAGCGUUUAUUGGACGUUCUGGACCGCUUUGUUAGCUGUUCAGAAUACAGGAAUUGACUCACUUUCCGCAGCGUCAAGAUCAGAAAGCAACCCAUCCGCUAGAUCUCGAUCUCAAACUCCGCAUCUCUUCACGUGCUUGUAUUGCGCAAAGGCAAUUAUAUAUUAGACUUCAAGAAAACGUGUUGAGAGGAUAGGGACUGACUCAUGUGGCAUCAUUAUAGACGUGAGAGUCAGGGAAUAUUCAAGUACGUGAUCGUGAUGUACUAUGUAGUACUAGUGGUCUGCAUUUUACCUCAGGCGCUCGGAUUUGCAGCUUCCUUCGACACAGACCUUUCGAUUCUGAUGCGAUGAGUGUAAGAUAAUAUACUUAAUAGGGA